AUGUCACGAUCCCGCGGAGCCUCCCCCCUGCGCCCGCCAACGACGCCCUUCAAAGUCGAUCAAGCAAUGUCGCCCAUAGACGCCGACUUGCACCCCGUGUUCCACGCCGGACGCGUGGCCGUCAUCACCGGUGCGGCCAGCGGCAUCGGACGCGCCGCCGCGCGCGAGUUUGCCAAGAUCGGGCUCAAAGUCGCGAUCGCGGACGUGGACGAGACAGCAUUGAGCGCGCUCGAAGCUGAGUUACGCGCGGCGUAUGGAGAGGCGAAUGUGCUUGCUGUUCCGACGGAUGUGUCCAAGUUGGAGAGCGUGCAGCAUUUGCGCGAUCGUGUGUAUGAUACUUGGGGCGAGGUUGCGGUGCUUAUGAACAACGCUGGUGUUGGUGAUAAGGGGACGAGUUGGUCGGGGCUGGAGAGUUGGCAGAAGGUUAUGAGUAUCAAUGUCUUCGGCGUUGUGAACAUGCAGCAAACGUUCAUCCCCUACAUGCUCCCGCAAGAAAACGCGUCGGUCGUUAUCAACACUGGCUCGAAGCAGGGCAUCACGAACCCCCCAGGCAAUGCCGCCUAUAACGCGUCAAAGGCCGCCGUGAAGAGCUUAACAGAAGGCCUGGCGCAUGAGUUGCGCUCUCAAACAACCUGCAACGUCACAGCCCACCUCUUCAUCCCCGGUUGGACCUGGACAAAACUCGCCGGCGACGCCACCGGCACCUCCACCAAACCGCCUGGAGCCUGGUCAGCCGAAGAGACCGUCCUCUACAUGCUCGACCGCGUCCGUUCCGGCGACUUCUACAUCCUCGUACCCGACAACGAGACGCGUAAGGAGGUCGACGCGCUGAGGAUUAUGUGGAAUGCCGGUGACGUUACGGAGGGACGGCCCGCGCUCAGCCGGUGGCAUCCGAAUUAUAAGAGUAUUUUCGAGGAUUAUAUGAGGGAGAAUUUGGCGCAGAUGGAUUAG